AUGGAGGGACUUUUGUUUAACGUCAAUGGUGGCUACCUGGAAGGUAUCGUGCGCGGGUACCGCAACAGCCUGUUGACUGGCUCAAACUACAGCAAUCUCAUUCAGUGCGAAACGAUCGACGAUGUAAAACUCCAGCUUGGUCCUGCAUAUGGUGAUGCUCUAUCAACACUACCUCCCAACCCCUCCACAUCUGCACUCGCCAAUAAGACCACCGAAAAGUUAGUCUCCGACUUCAGAUAUCUCCAGGGACAAGCGACUGGCUCUCUAUCCAAGUUCAUGGAGUAUCUCACGUAUUCGUACAUGAUUGACAAUGUCGCCCUUCUCAUCACCGGAACGUUGCACGAACGGGACACCAAGGAGCUGUUAGAGAGAUGCCACCCUUUGGGUUGGUUUGAGACUAUGCCUGUGCUUUGUGUAGCCACCAAUAUCGAGGAAUUGUACAACUCAGUAUUGAUCGAGACGCCGCUGGCUCCAUACUUCAAAGGCAGUUUGAGCCAUCAAGAUUUGGACGAGCUAAAUAUUGAGAUUGUUCGAAACACGCUUUACAAGAACUACCUGGAAGAUUUUCACCACUUUGUCAACAAUGACCCAGAGAUGGCGAUGACUCCGACGGGGGAAAUCAUGUCUGAAAUUCUCGAAUUCGAAGCUGAUCGACGAGCAAUUAACAUCACUAUCAAUUCCUUCGGCACAGAACUCAACAAGGAGCAGCGAAGAAAGCUGUACCCUGAAUUGGGAAAACUUUACCCUGAAGGAAUGUUGAUGCUCUCCCGUGCUGAAGACCUGGAAGGUGUGGGUCUUGCUGUCAGCGGUGUUGGUGAUUACAAGCGAUUCUUUGAUGAAGUUGGUUUCAACCAGAGCAGCGGUGCCGGGGGCGGUAACAUGUCUGGUGGCAUAGGCGGGGAAUCCAAGUCUCUUGAAGACUUGUUCUACCAGAAGGAAAUGGAAUUAUCCAAACUCGUCUUCACACAGCAAUUUACUCAUGCAGUUAUAUAUGCCUGGGUCAAGCUAAGAGAACAGGAAAUCCGGAACAUCACCUGGAUCGCUGAAUGCAUUGCCCAAAACCAAAAGGAGAGAAUAGGAAACUAUAUCAGCGUGUUUUAA